CGCACGGCCGUGCACCCUGGCCGUGCGAGAGGGCUAAGUUCGACUAAAUGACACGCUGCGUUUUGAGUUGCACGGCCAGAAUGGUGAUAUGCACGGCCGUGCACCCUGGCCGUGCGAGUCGGGAUUUCCUGGUUUUAAGCCAAAUUCCGAACCAAAGAAGAGGGCAGCUGGGUUUUUGGAUCCCAAACACCCAAGGGAUGAACCAAAGAGAGAGAGGGCGAUUUGAGGGCAUUCUUGGAGUAGAGAAGGAGGAUUUCUUCGCCUUGGAAGCUUGAGGAACAAGCUCGGACUUGAAGACUGAUCAUCUGAAGAUUCUUACUGCAGUCUCUCUCUUCUCUAUGGAGUAACUUCCCUUCACUUAGGUUUUGAGGAACCCUAGCUAUGUUUGUUUGAUUGGAUGAUUGUAUGAGUACUCUGACUGGAUAAUCUUGAGUUCAUAUUCAAUCUAUGCAUGUUUUCAUGAUUCAAUUCUGCUUUAGUCGAGAUUAUUGAUUCUGCUUUGAUCCUAUGAGAGGGAAUACCUGAUUAGGUCAAUAGAGCACCAUAGAUUGAUAGUAGUGGAUCGAUUGCUUUAGUCGAGGGUUGAUUCACUGCUUUGUAUCGAUUGAGAACCCCUUUCGAUAGAGGGAGUCUAGUUCAGAACGCCUUGAUCAGUUGUUCUAGAGAAGGAUACGUCCCUCUAGGCAAUUGACUCAAGAGGGCCUUGUUCCUUUAGUCGAGACUCAAGGUCUAGUCAAGGAUUCUCCGCAUUGUGAAUGAAAGUGAAACAGGUUAGAGAUCAUCAAUCAUUAAUCUGGCUAGUGGCUAGGGGGAAUCAUACCUAAGUGAGUUCCCAACCUGUAAUUAGAUUAACUUUAACUGUAGUUUGCUAGAGUAGUUUUAGUUCUUUCAUCUUAAUUUGGUUUGCUAAAUAAUAAACUGAAGCUGAGUAAUAGUAACUCUAGAGACCCGUGGAUUCGAUAUUUAUCACUUGAGCCACUAUACUGCAGUCCCUUCCAUUGGUUACACUUGGCCAUUGUUAGGUGUUGUGUUUUAGCGAGUCAAGUUUUUGGCGCCGUUGCCGGGGACUUUCUAGAGUAUUAGGAAAGGCAGAAGUUUGUUACUUUAGCGUUUUUCUUUUCUUUUCUUUUCCACCCUUGCUUUUCACUUGGGUGUUUUUGUUUUUGUUGGUGCAGAUCUGAAUCAUGGAUCCUAAUGGCUUCUCCAAUCAUUGGGGGUAUCCACCACCAUCUGGGUGGUAUUACCCCGAGACUCCCUGGAGCAAUCAAGGCAGAGAAGACUAUGGAUUCGGGUUCCAGUACCAACCCCCUUACUACGGAGAACAACCGGACCCCUGGGCAUAUCAAGAACAACCUCGUUUGCAAGAAGAAUUUCUCCCACAACCAGAAGGGCCAUCGGCGCUGGAGUUACUCAUGGAGCAGUUUGCUCGAGACUGUGAGAGAACAUGCUCCAGGAUGGAUCAGUGUGUCCAGGCCUAUCGUGAAACAGAUGAGAUCCUCCUGAGCCUUAAGAAGAGCGUCGAUGAUCUUGAGCGAUCUUGGGCGCAACCUGCUCCAGAUCACCCUUCUGCUACCAUACAAGAAGAGGAGGAGGAAGAAGAAGGCUACAAGGGCAUUGUGGAACACACUGAAGUUGUCACGGAGAGCUCCCGUGAUGAUCAUGAUCAGGCGUGUCAUGUCGUAGCCGACCACACCUUCCCACACCCCAAACUGAGCUUUGAAGAGGCGGGCAUGAGUGAGGAGAUGCAGGAAGAUCUCAUGAAAGAAAUUGCUUGGCAACUUGCUCUCCAAUCCGUGCUAGAAGAAGAAGAGCAAGAAAGGGUGCAGAAAGAAGUUGUGGAGGAUGACGAAAGUGAAGUUGGAGGAGUUCUUGAUCAUUUCCCAGGGGUGAUACCACAUGAAGAAGGAAGGGAGGUUGAAGAGGCGAUUGGUGUCCAGGCUGAGGACGAAGUUGAGGUGGAAGAGGCUUGCACCGGCCAUGAGUUACAUGUGAUAUCUCCACCAAACUUCGAGGAACUGCUUAGCAAGGACCCAUUUGCAGUGUCUCUUUGCCAGACCAAGGCCACAUCGACAUCGGUCCCUCUUGGUGGACGCGAUGGUGGCCAAUCGAUGCUGUCUUAUCUGGUUUGGGGCAAUGAGACGAGAGAAGAGAAGAAGAGGUCUCGAGGGUGGAGACUUCAUCUGCAUCAAGUACAUGAGCCUUCAUCACCUGCCACAUCACAUGCUCAUGACUUGAGACUCCACCUCAUCGACGAGAACCUCAACUUCAAGGAGGUUCUCUCAUGGACCGAAACUUAGGAGCCAUCGUCCGGCUCACGACGUGAAAGAAGCGCUUGUUGGGAGGCAACCCAACCAGUCGGUUUGCAUUUCUUUCUCUUUUUCUCCUCGGUUGAGUCAGUUUUGUUAUUUGAUUUUAGAGUCAAUAACUCAACCUUUGUGAGAUUUUGUGUGGUGUUUGUGUUCUGAUUACUCUCUCUUUCUGGAAUGCACCGCCUGACCCGUUCAUCAUCAUUCACCCUUGAUCUGGUAACUUCGUUCUACCCUCCUUAUCUUUCCUCCAUUGAGGACAAUGUCGAGCUUAAGUGUGGGGGGGUGUUCGAUUAUGUAUGCAGGUGAAUGUUUGGUUGUUUGUGUGCUUGGAGCCUAGUCCACUGUCCAAAUUUUUAAAUUUGAGGGCUCCAAGUACGUGUUCCAUGCAAUUGCCUGCUCAGUAUGCUUUGAAUUGACAGUCUUUACAGUAAUAUGCAACCUAGGGAGGUAGUGUAGCACUAUGGAGGAUGUUGAUGCAUUUAAGAAGUCUCAUUUCUUCUUCAUAUAAAGUUGGUUGAUUGAGUGAAUUAGUGAUCUUAGGACCCUUGAAUUGUGUGGUGUUGUGGAUUUUCUACCUGUCAUGGACUCUUGUAUCAUGUUUUGAAAAUAACAGGUGCUCGAAAAUGUGCUUCAAAAUAAACGUCUCCCGUGCGAAUAGGGCGAAAGUGUGUAAGGGGAGACGGGAAUCCGUUCCCAAUUUCCACCUACUACCUCCAGCCCCCUUACAUGUCUUUCCCCCGCACGAGGCUCGAGACAUCCGCUCCUGGCAUGGCCGGUAAGAGCAGGUUGGGACCCUUGAAAAGAAAAAAAGAAAAGAAAAAUAACAGAAAACAAGCAAAACAGAAAAAAGGAGUUCCAACCAUCUUCAAAGAAAUUCGAGCACUUUGA